AACAUGUGCUGGUCAGAGGAAGGAAACAAUGACGUCUACAUUAGUCUAUUGUAGUACACACACGUGAUGUCAAGCAAAAUAAACCGCAUCGACAGAUAAUGGUAAACUGCAUCAAUAGGUAAUUGUACAACAAGUAAACUGUUACCAUGACGACUGUUGGGAAGACUUGUAUAGGCCUUCUUCGCCCUAGUCGUCUCGGCAGACUCCUCGCCACAUCAAAUGCCGCCGUGUCAUCAUACCACCCCAAACUACAGACUGUGUCAGGUGUGGGGUCUUCGGAUGAUCUGAAGUGUGACGCAGACUUGGUUGUACCCACAGUAGACCAUGUGAUUGACCAUAUCAUGGAGAAUCUACCAGCCAGUCCCAUCAAACAGCAGGUACCCCCAGAUGCAAUUCCUGCCACAAGGAAGCCAGGGGGAGUGAAUGUCCAAUGUAGGUUGUUCAGCACCACCUGUCAUGUGAGGCCGACUUUCUCAAGUAGUAUACAGGUGAGAAAUGCCUCCACGGUAUCAGGAUCCACCUACGACUACGUCAUCAUUGGUGCUGGCUCGGCUGGCUGUACUCUUACCAAUCGGCUGUCAGCUGACCCUAACAACAAGGUGUGUGUUCUGGAGGCUGGUCCAAAAGACUACACCUGGAAGAUCCACAUGCCUGCUGCGCUCAUGUACAAUUUGUGUGAUGAUAAGUACAACUGGUACUACCAUACUGAACCAGAACCACACAUGAACAACCGUGUCAUGUACUGGCCACGAGGACGUGUCUGGGGAGGAUCGUCCUCACUCAAUGCCAUGGUGUACGUGCGUGGCAAUGCCGGUGAUUAUGACGGAUGGGAAAAGGCUGGAGCAAAAGGAUGGUCUUAUGCAGAUUGCUUGCCAUAUUUUAAAAAAUCCCAAACCCAUGAACUUGGAGAAAAUGACUACAGAGGGGGUGACGGUCCACUCCAUGUGUCACGUGGGAGGAGCAACAACCCACUGCAUCAGGCCUUUAUAGAGGCAGGUCAGCAGGUCGGCUUCCCAUUUACGGACGACAUGAACGGCUACCAACAGGAGGGCGUGGGGUGGAUGGACAUGACCAUUCACAAAGGCCGACGCUGGAGUGCUGCCAUGGCCAGCCUCAGGCCCGCACUAAAACGUGACAAUGUGACAGUAGAAUCUAACGCACUGUCUACCAGGAUUGUGUUUGAGAACAAGAGAGCUGUUGGUGUAGAGUAUGAACAGAAGGGUGUUAAACAUAUUGUACGAGCAGAGAAGGAUGUGAUUCUGAGUGGAGGAUCAAUCAACUCUCCUCAGCUCCUCAUGUUGUCGGGUGUGGGCAAUGCAGAUGAACUUAAGGCGUUAAACAUCCCUGUGGUUGAACACUUGCCUGGUGUUGGGGAGAACCUCCAGGACCACCUUGAUGUUACUGUACAAGAAGCAUGCAAGCUUCCCAUCACCCUCUAUUCUGCUCAGUGGAAGUUCCCUCACAAUAUGAUCCGCAUAGGGCUGCAGUGGUUCCUCACUCAGAAAGGUGAUGGAGCUACCACCCAUUUUGAGAGUGGAGGGUUUGUCCCAAGUGAAGAGAACCUCGAGUACCCUGACAUCCAGUUCCAUUUUGUACCUGUAGCUACGAAUGAUCAUGGGCGCAAAACUGGGAAUGAACACGCUUACCAAAUCCACGCUGGACCUAUGCGUGCGACAAGUAGGGGCUAUAUCAAAUUGAAAUCCAGGAAUCCCAGAGACCACCCAAAGAUCGUAGCCAACUAUUUGUCCACAGAAUAUGAUGUGAGGACAAUGAGAGACUGUGUCAAAGUUGCUAGGGAAGUGUUCAAACAAAAGGCGUUUGAUUCUUUCCGUGCUGGUCGGGAACUAUCGCCUGGACCUGAAUGUCAAACAGAUGCCGAUAUCGAUGCCUUCAGUCGUGCUAACGCAGACACCGACUAUCACCCAUCAUGUACAUGUAAAAUGGGAUCAGAGAGUGACCCAAUGGCUGUGGUGGAUUCUCAAACUCGUGUUCUAGGUGUCGAUAACCUCAGAAUUGUUGAUGCCUCUAUCAUGCCAAAUAUCAUUACUGGGAAUCUUAAUGGCCCUACAAUCAUGCUGGCUGAGAAGGCUGCUGAUAUCAUCCUAGGCAACGAACCACUGCCUCGGUCUACGGCUCCUGUGUACAAAAACUAUGUACAGGACGGUAAAUGAGUCUAUUCGGUCUGCUGAUCCGAGAGACAAACAAACAACAGUAUCCGUGGAUGAACAUUAAGCCUAUUAAACGAAAAUGUUUCUGUGA